AUGUCUAAUGAAGCUUCCUCAUCUCGAGCUUCUGCGCUCCCGCCGUCCAUCCACACUCAACGUGUAGAGACAACGCCGGACCCAUAUAGCCGGCUCUCGUUCGAGCCUGCUUCUCAGGCCCAAAUCCUACGAGCCCACCAGAGGGAUUCUGGGCAGGUACGACGGCUGAUAGAGCUGGUGUCUGAGUCACUGAGAUCUCUGGUCGGAACGAGAUGGAUUGCCCAUCGACAGGCCAUGAUUGAUGUGGCCGUCAGGGCUGCUUAUCUCAUCUUGACGCUCGGAAGAGGGAGGCAGACACUAGGAGAGGAGUACACCGACAUCACUCCUUUCGCAAGCGGACGUAGACGUAUGCCUGGCCGAGCUCGUCGAAUCCUCACUAUCCUCUUCCUGCUGUCUCCCAGUGUGCUCACAAACUCUGCUGUAUCCGCCUAUCUCCGUGGGAGCUCGACAUCGUCAGCAUGGGGCAGAAUACGACACCGACUGGCCAGCGCUCUGGAAUCACCAUUGGCACAAAGCCUGCCCGAGCUGCACAUGAUUGGGUUUCUGAUGAGCGGGCGAUUCUUUGAGUUUGGGCGCCGUCUGACCGGAACGUCAUACGUAUCCACUCAAGCGCCUCGACCCCCUGAGCGUCGACAAGCCAGCUACGAACCGCUCGCAAUCCUCCUUGCUCUCCCUAUCCUUUUCCGCCUGCUCACCCACCGGCCCUCAUCGAGCCUUGACGUCACGUCGUCGUCCGCUCUCGCCGCACCUGCCCCGCAUCUGCAGGUGGACAACCCACUCCUGCCUCUCACGUCGGACCUAUCGGCCGAACAGACCCUCCUCCUCACCAAGUCGUCCGACUACGACACGCCCAACACCUACCUUACUCCCGGAGCCCAACAGCUGCCCGAGCGACAAUGUACCCUCUGCCUCGAACCUCGGGGCACAGGCGAGGGGAGCGGCGGCACUGUCGCGGUGACGGAGUGCGGGCAUAUCUUCUGCUGGGGCUGUCUGGGAGGAUUGGAAAAGCCGUACACUCAAGCCGCUCAGCGGUAUCCCUCGGGCCUGUCGCAAGGUCAGGGCGGUCCCUCCCGCCGUCCAAUCCGGAGCACCCAUACCUCCUCCUCAGUCGACGACGAGGUCCCUCCACCACCCCUCCCCCUUCCACUCCCACAACCUCAGCUGAAAAAGUCCGCCUCGCGACCUCUCAAUCCCAACUCUAAACCCUACACACCCCAAAAUUUACGGUCGCACCAGGACCUCCGUUCCGAAUAUUCGCGCCAAAAUCAGCCGGAGCCCACAUACGCAAGUAUACCCCCGCCCGAGGCGUUCCGGUUACAGGAACAGCAACAACAACUGCAGUACCAGGCGUACCCCCGUCCAGAGUUCUCGUCGCUCCAGCACCUCCUGGAACAGGCCGGAUACGCCGAUACGCGCAUAGCUACUCCCCCUGCGGAGCGGAUUGGACGGCGGAUCAAGAAGACCUUUGACGAGGUGGACGCGGAGGAAGUACGGGAUCUGUACAGUACGUUCGGGAUGGCGGAACAUCGCGUCACACACGUCACGGAACCUGGUCUCCCCCUCAAAUCCUCCUCCUCUCUCCUUCGCAAUCUCGCUUUGCAGGAUAGCAACUACGUCAAUCAGGCAGAGUACGAGCAACAGCAAUCCCCAUCGCCGCAGUUCGGGACCAGCUACGAUACGUGGUGGGGCGGCGGAUUUGCUGCGCUUGGCAGAGCGGCCAAGGCGGUCAUGGAGAUGAGUCCACCCAGUAAGGGAGCUGAGCGGUUCGAGGAGGUGGCCGCGCAGAUGUCGUCCAGCAUCGGGCUGGGACUGGCACGGGGCGGAGAGGGGGUCCGGAAAGUCAAGUCGAAUUGGGAGCUGGGGCGCUCAGAGAUGGAUCAGGAGCAGAUCGCCGCGGCAGAAUACGUCCCGGCAAGACGUCCGCGGGUCCUCACUGGUAUCUCCUCGCUCGCGGAUCUCCCACCGGCGGCCAUGGCGGACCAGGAUGAGUUUGGCUUCUCCCCUCUUCCGGCGGACUACGAGGCGCAAUGCGACGACGACGAAUUCUUCACUACUUCGUUUGACGUCGGAUCGCUGGGGUCGACUCCCUUUGAUCGGAGCAGGGAGAGCAGCGCGGAACCCGUGGUGGAUGACGAUGCGGAGGACUCGCUGUUCCAGCAACAGCUGGACGAGGUGAAUCAGGUGAACCUCGAGUCGCCCGAUUCCGUUCGGAGCCUCGGGUUCGGGCUGAGUCGGCGAGGGACGUACGGUCUGGGGAUGGGCGGUGUGGAUGUUGGAAGGAGGAUCAUGGCGGAGGCGGUGGACUAUGAUGAGUAUGACCACGAGUCGCCCACCAAGGGGAGCUUCAUCAAGGCUCUCCCCGUUGUUGUUGCGGAGGAGGCCAAGGCGGAAGACGUCGAGGUGGCAAUACAGCCGGAAUUGAUCAUGCCCACACCGGUCGUCGAGGCCGCACCACCAGUACGCAAGUACGCCGACCGUGCGACCAAACUCCGUCUCGCCCGCUCUACCCCUAUCCUCACUCGCGCCCCACCCACCGGCACCAGUGGAUGGCUCGGUUCCAUCCGGAACUUCAUCAACGCCACCGACCUCUCUUCAUCCACCUACGCCUCUAUCCCCGCCGACCCAAAUCCAUCAUCCUCGAAGCCCGCACCAAUCAAGCUCUCCCCCGCCCUGCCGGCCAUCCCGGCGCUAGCCAAACCCGUAGCGGUCGUCUGCGACUCGUCCUCGGAUAUGGCGGAGGACCUCCCAGCCAUUCCUCAGACUAUCACCACCGCGGCCGCUCCCGGACCUAUCGCGUCCAUAGCGCUGCGGACACGCAAGUCCCUCGCGCACCUCCGUUCGGUCGUCUAUGGCUCCGCACCGCCCGUUCCUCCACUCCCCGUCCGGUCCGCCUCGUCCGAUUCGGCCGACUCAUCCGCGCCCGUCCUCAGUCCCCGUCUAGACCUCGCCGAGUCGGAAUACUUUGCAGGCUGGUCCCCUCGCCGUCCGGCCAAGGCGGAGCAGCCCACAUGGGCUACACCGACCAAGCGUGAUAGUCAGGAAGACGGGUACGGUCCUACAGAAAUUGACUAUACCCGUUCAUUCUUCUACAAGCCCUGCACUCCUCCGUCGGCCGCGGCGUCCUCCUCUACCUACACUGCUAUCGCCAACGUCACCCCUACAUCCGCGAGCACAGACUACGCCUACUCGUCCACCUCCUCCACCGUCCCCGCGAACCUCGUGGCGCGGAGACAGCGGAGCAUCAAGUCUCUUCGCGCGGCACUGCUCCUCCCCGUGGCCCCCCCCGUCCCGUCCAUCCCGGCCCAGUUUACGGGUACCGUCCGUUCCACCUCGGCCCAGUCCGCAUCCACCGUCUCCACCUCUGCAGUCACCACGCCUCCCCAAAAAGCCGGUGCGCGUAUGGGCGAUGACGCCCCGCCUGUCAUUGCGAUCCUGAGUCCGGGGGCUUGGGAGGCGGGUCUGCCAGCCAGGCAGUUGCUCCUUGAGGGUGAAGAGUGGGAUGCGAGGGAUGGGUUGGGAUCGGUGGGUGAUUGGGGAAGGGGAAAGGGGAAACCAAAGGGGAAAUUGAGGCGGAAGGGGAGUAAGAAGGCUGUUAGGGAAUGA